GAUUUAUAUUGUCUAUAAUGGAUGAAAGGUACUUUUUUUACUGUACUUACUGUAUUUUAUUGUAUUUUAUUGUAAAUUUUUUUAUUUGUAUAAUUUUUACCGUAUCCCGAUUUACGAUCAUUUUCGGUCAGUUAUCACAUGAUUUUUGUAAUUCUGGCUGAAAGUCAAUAUUAAAAUAGUAAAUCUAAUGAAAAUAUUUUGUAAUCCAAUUUUACCAUAAUUGAGAAUUAUUUUCAAAUAUUAUUCGUCUCUCCUGCAUGAACUUGUAUAUUUUAUUACCCGAUUUUCUCUUUAUUACUUUGAUUUUCUUUAUAUGUUACUAUAAAUUUCUAAUGAUGUAUGAUAAAUUAUGUGCGAACCCCAUGGUAACACACUACCAAGGAGAUGAUCAUAGAAAAUCACGUGUAAAAUCAAUUAAUACCGAGUUGAGCACAGCCUUGAGGCUCGUUAUGAUUUUCAUGAUGUUGUUGUUGGAUAUUUUCAGUUGGAAAAGAUGAUUUUUAUAAAGUUUAUAAAUAGGAACACAAACAAGGGAAUUGUAUGUGGUAGAUGUUCAUAUGACAUGGCGUCAUUUUAGGAUGAUCAAGGUGAUGGUGGUGAAAAAGGAAAGGGAGUUCUAUAUCUUGUAGAUCGACAUUGCACAAGGAAUUCCCCAUAACAGAUAAUUUAUUUAAUUUAUUUUUGGUUACAUUAGUUUAUAUUUUUCUUCUGGUUUGGGGAGAAGGGAGGAUGACAA